AUGGAUCUAAACAGCUUGAAGGACCAAGUGAGCAACCUCACGCUCUACGAUCUCAAGGCCGGAUUUCGCAAGGCCCAAAAUGCCGUCAUGAACUACACGGAGAUGGAGGCCAAGGUCCGCGAGGCGACAAACAAUGAGCCAUGGGGUGCAUCCUCGACUAUGCUACAGGAGAUCGCCAAUGGAACCUUCAACUACCAACUGCUGAAUGAGAUCAUGCCCAUGAUUUACAAGCGCUUCACCGAGAAGGCCUCGGAGGAAUGGAGACAGAUCUACAAGGCCCUGCAACUUCUCGAAUACCUGAUCAAGAACGGUUCGGAACGAGUAAUCGACGACGCGCGCUCUCAUGUCUCGCUCCUCAAGAUGCUACGGCAAUUCCACUUCAUCGACUCCAACGGCAAGGAUCAGGGCAUCAACGUACGCAACCGUGCCAAGGAGCUCGCCGAACUCCUCAGCGAUGUCGAUCGCAUCCGGACUGAGCGCAAGAAAGCGCGAGCGAACCGAAACAAAUUUGGCGGUGUCGAGGGCGGAGCGGGCAUCGGCAUGGGCGGCUUCUCGGGAAGCAGUGGAGGUGGCAGCCGCUACGGAGGCUUUGGUAGCGAACAAGCCGACUAUGGCGGCUACAGAGGGGAGGUAUACGGCGACGGUGGUGGCUUCGGAGGCAACCAGUCUGGCUUCGCAGAUACGCAACAGAGGCGCGACAAGUUCGACGAAUACGACGAAUACGAUGAGGGUGAUGCCAGCUCAGCACCAGCACGGCGGAGAGAGCCUACAGCGAGUCACACAAAGAAAGAAGUCAAGAAGGAGGAACCUAAGCCGAAAGCACCUGAGCCAGUCGUCGACUUACUUGCGUUUGACGAUGAGCCCGCGCCCAUGUCGACUUCGGCAGGGAAGCAGCCUGUCACUGCUGCAAGUGACGACUUUGGCGACGACGACGAUUUCGACGACUUCCAGUCUGCGGCACCGGCACCACCUGCAUCCAAGCCAGCUGCUUCAGCUUUCAACGUUGCGUCUCCUGCCUCAACCUCUCACAUCACUUCGUCAACCCAAUUCGCCGCACCGCAGGCUCAGUCUGCUGCGCAGAACAACAAUCUCAGCAACUUGUUUGCGACCGUCUCGCCACCACCCGCUGCGAAUAAGAUGAGCGCGCCUCCUUCCAUGACGUCGAGCUUCUCGCAGCCACCACAACCCACAGGUUACCAAGCGGCCGGCCCGAACUACUUCACUUCCGUUCCUCAGCCCGCGCCCCAAUCAGGAGCAUCUACACCCUCUGUCAUGUCACCAGGUGGUCGCAUUGGCGGAGGAGCUGCUCCCAAGAAAGCGGGCGGUGACGCUUUCGCUUCUUUACUUGCUGGAGCUGCGCCAAAGAAGUCUUCCACGCCAACACAAAAGGUUACCAUGGGGGAUUUGGCUAAGCAAAAGACGUCACAAGGACUCUGGGGUGCCCCUGCUUCUGCAUCCAGCACACCUGCCCCUGCCGCACAACCAUCGCAGUCAGGCUCAAAGCCUGGCGGCGCUCUGGGAGAUCUGCUGGGCUAG